AUUUUAUAUACAUCUGUGUGUUCAUGUAUAUAUAUACACAUGAAGAUUCAUAAAAAUCACAAGAGCCGAGUCUCUCUCUCACUCUUGCCCCUAUAUUGCAUCAUCUCUCCUUAAGAAUUCAUGAUGCCUUCAUCCCAUCAGAGCCACACCACCAGCUUCAAACCACUGAGGAUCAAGAAGCCACCACAUCAGAUCAGUCGCAUGGGACCAUCUCCGGCGGCGCAGCCGGUACUUAAGUGUCCGAGGUGUGAUUCCGUCAACACCAAGUUCUGUUACUACAACAACUACAGCUUAUCUCAGCCACGUCACUACUGCAAAAACUGUCGCCGUUACUGGACACGUGGCGGAGCCCUACGUAACGUCCCCAUCGGUGGCUCAACCAGAAACAAGAACAAGCCUUCUAGCCUCCAAGUCAUGUCUUCUCGUCCUCCGAUUGUGGCGCCAUUGUCGUCUCACGAGCUUGCUGAUGGGUUUCGUAUGAACAAAGCACAUAUAGACCCUCCUGCUAUGGCGUUUUCGGGUGGAUUCUCCGGCUACAUGUUUCCGUUAGAUCCUAACUACAAUCUUGCAUCUUCUUCUAUCGAGUCUUUGAGUUCUUUAAACCAAGAUUUGCACCAGAAGCUUCAGCAACAGAGGCUCAUCACUUCCAUGUUUCAACAAGAUUCUCCACCGGUUAUGUUUCAUAACGCUGAGCUACUUACUCCUUCGACGGCGACAACGGAGUGGGCUUUCGAUAGAUCCGCCAUGGGAGGAGCAGCAGCAUGUGGCAUCAAUGAAAGCAAUGAUGAUCGUGAGGGUAAUUUGGGAAGUUGGUACCAUAAUCCUAAUAAUUCUAUGCCCUAGCUCAUUCAAUUCUCAAUGUCAUUACCAUUACUAGUCUCUAAUAUUGUAGCUAGCUUUCAGAAGCUAUGGAUGAAUUACAAAUUAGUAAUAUUAAGUUUCCCCUCUUGUAGUUAUUUUCAACAUAAUAAUUUGCUCGAUAACUGAUAAUAUUCAUAUGC